AUGUUUCGUCCCAGUGCUCGCUCGCCUCAUUUUUCCCACCCGCUUGUGUUUUCUGCCUGCAGAUGCUACCGGGACUACACCAUAUACGACGAGGAUGACUCACUGCGAGUGAUAAAGGAUAUUGAUAAACAGGAGAAGGAAAGACUCGCUAAGAUCAGCCCGUAUCAGCCAGGAAAAUCCAAUUCAGCAGCAGCAGCAGGAGGAGCAGCAGGAGCCAAUCCGGACGGCCUAUACGAGGCCAUGUCACAUCUCUCUCUCCAAUCACUCGACUCCACGUCAGCAGCACAGGCAGCGGUGGCAGAAGUGCUGGGGGAUGCAGGGGGUGGGGGGGUGGGCGGAGAUGGGGUAGAUGGGGAUAAGGAGGGAAACCGGUUAAAAAAUAUAAGGGAUGCUGUGUUGAGGUAUAAGGAGGGGGGGAUGAAAGAGGACAUGAUGGGAAGAGUGGGGGAGAGGAGGAGAGGGAGGUUCGAAGGGGAGGGGAGCAUAGGAGGCUCCAUUCCCAGAUACGCCAAGCUGUACGAGGACGAGCUGAGGCGGAGCAACGCGUUGGACUUUGACGACCUCACUCAUUUCCUCCUCGAUCUCUUUCACACCCAGCCGCACGUGCUCCAGAAAUACCAGGAGCGCUUCCAGCAUGUGCUCGUGGACGAGUUUCAGGACACGGAUUCGUUCCAGUACGAGAUAGUGCGGCUGCUAACACUCAACUCCAAGCGCCUGUUCGUUGUGGGGGACAUUGACCAGUGCAUUUACUCGUGGAGGGGAGCAGAGUACCACUACCUGCAGCGGCUCUUAGAUGAGGACUUUGAUGAUGUCACCACACUACAGCUUCGCAGCAACUACCGCUCUUCCCAAAGCAUCCUGCAGGCAGCAAACCGAGUGAUUCAGGGCGGGCCCAGGGACAGGCGCGUUGGGGGAGGCACCCUGGAGCUGAAACCAACCAAGCCCCCAGGCCAUCCGGUGUUCUUCUCCUUCUUCCCUUCAUGCGCCAGUGAAGCUGCAACGAUUGCUGAGGAGAUAGAGAGUUUAGCAGUGCAGCUGCAGCAGGGGCUGGCGGACCUCGCCAUCCCAUGCAUCGUCGUGGGUGGCAGCACACUGUUCCAGCGCAAGGUGGUAAAGGACUUGAUAGCAUAUAUGAGAUUGGUGGCCAAUCCAGCCGACAGUGUUGCACUGGGUCGGAUCUACAACACACCCUCCAGAGGCCUGGGAGCCAAGUCAUGGGCGGCAGUGCAGCAGUGGGCUCAAGGGCUCGACUCGCCUGUGGGCACUGCAAUCCUGGAACUAGCAUUGGGCAAGCAUGCCGACAACCCUCCUGCCAUUUCCAAAAAAGCCAGGGAGAGCCUUCUCAGCUUCGCACACCUCAUCCUCUCCUUCCGCAGUGCAGUAGGCACAGUUGAUGACGCCAACUCCAGUCUGGGCGCCUCAAGUCUCAAUGACUCGGGUCUUGAUAAUUCAAGUCCCAGUCUUACUGAUUCGAGACUAAGCGGGAGCAAGGGUGGGGUAGAAGCGCUGCCGCAUGCCGGAGGGCUGCUGGGGAGUAUAGUGGACGUGCUCGAGUUGAAGCAGGAGUACAGCCCGGCAGCUGCAGCGGCAGCAUCAGCAAAGAGCCGGUCCCCCAACCCUGCUGCGUUGAGGCAGCGGCAUGAGGAGGAGGGGAAGAGAGCUCUUGAUCAGAUGGAACGAGUGCAGGACCUAGCGAACAGGUUCGGCCCGACCUGUGGGGUUGGUAUGGAGGGAGUGCGGAACUUUCUGGAGCAGAUUGCACUACUUUCAGGGGAGAUUCACGAGUCUGAAGGCAAGGAGGCACAGCUGUCCGCCAAUGCAGUACGGCUGAUGACGAUCCACAAGGCCAAGGGGCUGGAGUUCCCAGUGGUGUUCCUGACAGGCUUGGAGAAUCGAAUCCUGCCGCUGGCUCCGAAAAACUAUAAGGAGAAGGCUCAGUGGAAGGGGUCUGAGGAGAGGCCGGGUACUUGA